GUUUGAGGCCUAAUAAUAAUAGGAAAAUAGUAAUUAAAAUUGGUUUGGCGUAAUCAGUUAAGUGCAGCUGGUUACUUCGAUCGAGCACUUUCAAAUCGACAGAACCGAAGAAGGUGCGUGACAAUUUUUACAUGCCACCGGCGCCGAGGUGAUGCGCCAAAAACGAAUUCCAAUUAGGUGUCAUCAAUGUCACCAAGUAGCGUAUAAAAUCAACGGCUCACACUGGGUCAGACAUUCAGUGUUUGGCUUCGGCUCAAGACAGCAGUUAAUUAAAUCCAUCCAAGUUACAAUGGCAGCAAAGAUUGUUAUCGCUUUGGCUAUGUUCGCCGUAGCCCAUUGCGCCGUUCUCAGAACUGCUGCUCCUGUGGCUGUGGCUCCUGCUCCGGUACCAGUUUUGGCCAAGACAGUUGAGCUGGAGGAGGUCGAUCCGCAUCCUCAGUAUACCUACAGCUAUGACGUGCAGGACACCCUCUCCGGCGACAACAAGGGGCACGUGGAGGAGCGCGAUGGUGAUGUCGUCCGCGGAGAGUAUUCCCUCAUCGACGCCGAUGGCUUCAAGCGCACCGUGACCUACACCGCCGAUUCCAUUAACGGAUUCAACGCCGUCGUCCGCCGUGAACCCCUCGCCGCAGUUGUGGCCGCCGAGCCGGUGGUGAAGGUCGCUGCUCCACUCCAGGCCGCUCCAGUCGCCCCUGUCGCCUUGGCCGCACCAGCUCCCAUCGUGCGCUCCGCUCCAGUGGUCGUUGCUGCUCCCCUGAUUAAAUCCGCUCGCCUGGCAGCUACCGCGCCCUUCGUCAGCUCUGCCCCUCUGGCGGUGGCUGCUCCCGCUCCUGUCCUGCGUUCCGCCUCCUAUGCCACGCCUCUGCGGUACACAGCCCCCGCUUACACCGUCGCCCACUUGUAAAUACCAAUGCGACCGUUUUUAUUCU